AUGGUGGUGCCUUUGGUUAAUGAUGAUCCAAUGAUUGACGGUGAAACUGAAGAUUUGGACGAGAUGCCGUCAGAUUCUGAUUCAGAAGAAGAUGUUAAAUUAGCUGAACCGUCAAAAAAUGCAGUGAACAACAGAGAAGCUAUAUUAGAUAAACUUGGAGACAUAAGCUGGCCCGAGAAUGUGGAUUGGAAGCACAAACUCUCCAUUGAUAUUGAUCAAGAGCAAGAAGUAGAUGUGAACGAUGAUUUGGCACGAGAGCUAUCGUUUUACACACAAGCAUUGGAAGGAACUAGGCAAGCAUUUGAGAAGCUUGAGUCAAUGGGUUUCCCUUUCUUGAGACCUGCCGAUUAUUAUGCAGAAAUGGUCAAGGCAGAUAGUCACAUGGAAAAGGUGAAAAGUCGGCUAUUAGAAGAGAAGCGGAAGAUGGAAGAGGCUGAUGAGAGAAGAAAGGCUAGGGAAGCAAAGAGAUUGUCCAAAGAGAUUCAGUCACAGAAAUUGAAAGAAAGGGCCAAGCAGAAAAAGGAAGACAUUGAAUCUGUUAAGAAGUGGAGGAAGCAGAGACAACAGAGUGGGUUUGCUGACGGCGGCGAUGGUCCAGAUAAGGCUUUGGGCUUUGAAGAUGGGAAAGUGUUUGAGAGAUCAAAGAAGAAAAGGCCCGGAGUGUCUCCAGGCGAUCGAUCAGGAGGUAAGGCAAAGCAAGCUUUUGGAAAGGGAAAGAUGCAAAAGAAAAGAGAUACAAAGAACUCCAAAUUUGGUUUUGGAGGCAGGAAGGGAUCGAAGAAGCAGAAUACAGCUGACACAACUAAUGAUUUUGGUGGAUUCGGUAAGGGUGCUGCUGCUUCUGGAAAUAAGAAGAGGAAGAGAUAA